AUGGUUAGGUUUAAGAACAGAUAUAUAACAGUUGAAAUAUCAUCGCCUAAUGUGCCUGAAUGUAAACCACUAUCAAUCAAGUCAGCAGCGAUAUAUGAAGCUUUAUUAGAUAUAAUACAACACCUCCACGGAGACUUCGGUGUGGCGGCUGUAAAAACGGGACUUGUAGCGAAAUAUUGCAAUGAAAACACAAGAAUAGCCAUAAUUCGCAGCCGACAUGGACCGCAUCAGUUUGUGACCAGCAGUAUUCCUUUUUUAACCAAAAUUGGAAGUUUAAAGGUUAUUUUGAGGACUCUACAUGUGGGUGCUACAUUAAAACAUAGUUUUCUUUUUAUUCAAAAAUAUCAUAGGCAAUUCUUAGAUUCAAUGUGGUCAAAUCUAACCACUGAUGAGGACAAAAAAGCUCUUGAGGUAGCUAUGACAGAGUUUACUAAAGCGGAUAUAGCUAUGCUAAAAGAAAAGCUCAUGUAA